AUGGCAAAAUUGAGGUUGACCAAAGGCUCCAAAAUCAUCACCAAGUCUUUCCCACGGUCGCCAUCAACGACUACCAAAUCGUUCUUUCGCAACGAGACGUUUGAACUAUUGGGGUACGAUAACAAAUCAAACUUUCCAUUCUUGUUGAUCACAAGACACAAGAGUUUAUGGUUGAAUGUGAGGUUGUUCAAGUUUUUUAUAAAGGUUAUCAUUUUCAUGAUUUGUGGCUUGUUGAGCAACGCUUCGAUUUGUGAGAUUAUCACCGCCGUGGUGUCCACGUUCUGGAAGUAUUUCGCGGCCUUCAGGUACAACUGCUUGAGUUCCGGAGACGCCAGAAUGUACUGGUCGUGGAGAAGAAGACCGUUUUCCAAAUUGACACCGGUUGCGUUGGCGGUUCCGUUGGCGGUUCCGCGAGUGUUAGCGGGUUGGUUCAAAUUGAGUUCCGGAGGGUUUGGAGCUAGCAGGCUCUGGAACUCGACGAGCUGGCUGGGCCGGCGUUGCUGA